AUGUCGGCAGAAUCGUCCCUUGUCGAUCUCGAUGCCUUUCUCCAGCCAAACUUUGACGUUCAGGCCGUCGUGGCCCAGCUGCUGGCCAAGAACCAUCUCCUAGCGUCCGCGUCCCGAGGGCCCAACAGCGCAGAUGCCUCCCGGCCCGCCGCUGCCACCACCGUCGACCCAUCGUCGGCGGCCAACGGAAGCGGCACCCCCUCGCAUAUCGCCAACGAUGCAGCGCCGGCGUCCGGCGAGCUGACCCUGGAACCUCCGGCGGACCGCCUCGCCUCGGCUGGGCAGGUGCCGCUCGCCAGCUCGCUUCGCCUCGACCAGGACGAAGGCGACCUCAGCCUCGCCAUCAGCCGCCUCAAUGUGGCCAUCGACGAGAUCCAGAGCUCGAUCAAUGCAGAGGUCGAGGCCAACGCAUCGCAGCUGCUCGGGCGCGUGGCGGGCAUCUCGAGGAUGGAGCAGCGGCUCUCUGAUCUGCGCAGCGGCGUCGCGGUGCUCGACGGCGAGGUGGCGGGCCUGCGGGCCAAGGUGCACGAGCCCUUUAUCAAGCUGCAGCAGCACCAGCGUGAUCUCGUCCGCAUCGACGCGGCUUCGGACCUCGUCGCCAAGGCGUCCAGGUUCGUCACCGUGGCGAGACGGCUCGAGGCGCAGAUGGACGUCCUCUUUGGCGGCGACUCGGCCAAGGCGGGGGCAGGACCGGCAUCCGAUGCGGCGACGGGUCGCCAGCAGCAAGACGACGAGGACGCCCCCGACGCCAUCAUCGGCCAGGUACGCGGCAGGGAGCUCGCAAGGGCGGCCCUUAUCAUCAACGAGAUCACCUCGAUGCUCGAGAGAGAUGGUGAACCAGCUGGCUCAGAGGGAGACGGCAACGAAUCGCCCUCGGCGCACGCAGGCGACGCAGGCGACGGGCCGUCGCUCCUGGACCUCGACUUUGUCAAGCACUACCUGCCGUCGAUCGACGAGGCGCGGCAGACGGUGACCGACUACAUGGAGGACAUGGUGGUGAGGGGGCUGCGCGAUUUGUCUCCCAUCAUGCUGAGCUCAUCGCUGCAAACCGCGUACAACCUGGGCACGCUGCCGGACCUGGUCCGAGACCUGCUCGCCGACCUGACCGAGGUCGUCCGGGAUCGGAUCCGCGCGGCCUUCGACAUGGCGUCCCUCGGUCGUGAACUCGGUGGAUUGAAAGAGCCGACGGCGGCGGCUCCGUCCACGUACGCAUCCUACAAGGGCCGGAGGCAGGCCGCCCCCGACGCCUCCGCCCAGGCGACCGCCACAGCGACGUGGACGGCAGCCCUCUUCCGACGCCUCGAGACGCUGAUUGUCGUCGAGAUGGGCGCCGUCUGCUCCAAGGUCUACACACUCGAAAGGGUGCUGCGCCUCAAGAUGGACGCCCAGACUGGCGUCAACUUCCUCGACGAGGCGCUCCAGGUGCUCGGUGACCGGCCCAGCCUGACGUUCUGGACGACGCUGGCCAGCUCGUUUGAGGCGCAAUCCAAGGAGGCUGCCAGGAGGUCGCCCUUUGUCGCGCAGAUCCUCUCGUCCGCGGCGUCCUCCUCCGUCGCUGCCGGUGGUCCGACGGGAGGCUACGCUGCGCUGCUGCGGCUCUUUCACCAGUUCUUUGCCAAGGUCUCGGUCUACACGGACAUUGCGUACACGGUCAACCAGCAGAGCCCCGAGACGGUCAUCGUUCUGCGGUCGCUGUCGCAUCUCGAGGGCGCCUACCUGGACGCCGCCACGGCCAAGAUGAGCGAGACCGUCCAGUCUGCGCUCGGCCCUCGCCGAAGCCCGACCGUUGAGGAGGGCGAGAGCGCAGUGCGCGCCAUCAGCAACCUCCUGGACGCUGCGCGCUUUGAUCCGCUGCUGAGCAAGGCUGCGGCACGACGGGUGGAGGGUCUAGUUGAAGACAUCUCGACGAGGAUUGAAAAGACGGCGGCACGGGAUGCGACCGCCUACACGCUGCAGGCGCACGACACGACUGCCUCGCAGCUGCUCAACGCCGGGCUCGCCUCGUUCGCUUGCAGCAUCUCUCAAGGCCUCGGCAUGCUGGCCGCGGAGCAGACCGAUCCGUGGCUCUCGUCGCGGCUCUCGACGCUCUCUCGCGAGGUCGAUCGGGCGUGGCAGGAUAGCAUCGGCGGCCCGCUCAUCACGACCGCGCAGCGCGAGAUUGCCACGACGCUGGCACGGAUGCACCAGGCCAAUCUGGGCAAGUCGGGGCCUGCCGCGGGCGGUGGCAGCGGCGGCGCAGAGAGGGUGACGAUCGGAGGCGGGACGGGAUCGAGCGUGUACAUGGACGACCUGUGCGACGAGAUCUGGUACCUUCGCGAGAAGCUCCUCGCCCGCUACGGCGUCGGGCUGAUCAAGUCGAGAUGGGCGUUGGGACUGGCGCGAUGGACGCUGCGCGUCUUCCUGCUGCACGCCUCGCUGCUGCGUCCGCUCUCGGAGGCGGGCAAGCUGAAGCUGACGGCCGACAUGACGGCACUCGAAUUUGCCAUUGAGCAGCUCGUCACCGACCUGCCCUGCCCCGCGUUGGAUCCGGGCGCCCCGCACCGCGAUGAGGCGUCGGCGGCGACCAAGAGGGGCGGCAGGAUGGACAUCUCGUCGUGCGGAGCGGUGUGGAAGGCGCUUCGAGCGUUCCGGUCGUUCCUCUUCUUGUCUACGCCAGAGAUCCUCGAUGCACCACAGCACGACCAGCGGAUAGCGCCGAUACCCAAGCACCUUGUCGCGCACCACCUCCUGGGCCGGACCGAGUCGACGUCGAUCUCGUUCCAGUGGCCGUACGAGCGCAAAGGCUGGACGAGGAAGCAGUACGUCGACUGGAUCCUUGCCCUGCGCGGCGGCGGCGGCCAAGGUGGGCGGGCGGAAGAGCCGGAGGAGACGGAGGAGGUGGGAGAGGAGCAUCAGGUCCUGGAGGAGCUCUUGCGGCACCUCGACGCUAGCGCGGUCGAGGACAGGGUGCGAGCGUGGAUCGAGAUGGCGCAGCAGCGUCCCUCGGCCGCAGCCGCCAGCGCGGGGAGUGAUGGCAAUGGCCCCGCUCACGUCCCACCCCUGUAUCCCUAG